UUAACUCCCAGUUCCUCGCGAAGAGACGCCAUUCAAAAGAGUAUUUGAUAACCAAAAAAUAUUUCUCUUAUUAAUAAAAGUCAAUUUUUUAUUAAUCACUUAAAUUUAAUUAUUUUUAAAGGCUCACCUGAGCCAAAAAUUCCCUUUAAAAAAAUAUAUAAAACAAAAAAAAAAAUGUUUAAAGUGUUUCUUAUAACUUUGUCAGCAGUCAUUGCCACUGCACAUGGAGCAUUUAAUUGUCCAAAGGAUGAUGGUCAAUUUGAAGAUCCAAGACAAUGUGACAAAUAUUACGACUGUAAUGAUGGUGUUGCAAAAGAAAAAUAUUGUCCCGAUGGACUUGUUUUUGAUCCAUUGAAUAGAAAAAUUAAUAAAUGUGAUCAUGUUUUUAAUGUAGACUGUGGAGAUCGACUUGAACUUCAACCACCACAACCGACAAAAACUUGUCCAAGACGUAAUGGAUUUUUUGCCCAUGAGAAUCCAUCAGUUUGUAACGUUUUUUACAAUUGUAUCGAUGGUGAAGCAAUUGCCAUAACCUGCACCACUGGCCUUCAUUUUGAUGAAUACAGUGGCACCUGUGUUUGGCCAGACAGUGCAGGCCGUGAGAAUUGUGGAGCUGUGGAUAAGAAACUUAAGGAUGGUUUUGAAUGCCCAAAAGAAAUGCCUCUCGAUACAAGAGGAAUGGCAGUGGAUCAUCCUAAAUUUGCUCAUCCAGAAGAUUGUCAAAAAUUCUAUGUUUGUUUAAAUGGAGUAACACCACGCGAACAAGGAUGUAGCGAGGGAACCGUUUAUAAUGAAGAAAUCCAAAGAUGUGACGCUCCAGAAAAUGUUCGAGGAUGUGAGGACUGGUAUAAAGACGAUGGCAAAAAACCUUGAAGACAUUGUCAUGAGUGAACUGUCCCGCAUCGGGAUAUAUAUCUCCUUGUACCUUUAUUAUUAUUUUUAUUAUAAUUAUAAUUAUUAUUUAGUUUAAAUGUAAAAAAUGAAACUUAGACUUGUAUAUUUUUUUUUCUAAUAAAUUACUUUUACACCAUA